AUGCUCAAAGGUCAUCAUCACUUGCGGGCUUCUUCUUCCUCAAUUCAAAAGCUGUUGCUUCUCGGAAGAGGGGUUUCGCCUUUGCACAGCAGUGGUAACUGCGGUGUUGCCCAUGUGUGGUGUUUGGAAAAUUUGAAGAAUAAUAGUAGUACAAUGAUUCAGCAUCAGAAAGGAGAUUUGCAUCAUGAUCAAGUGAGGAAUUACACUUCUUCGGGUUUAUCUUGUUUGGAUUUAGUGAUGAGGAAGAAGAAUGGUUUUGGCUACCACCCAUGGCCCGAACAUUUGGUGAUAAAUUCUUCUACUUCUUGUAAAUUAGUAUCAUCAUUCGGAAAUGUGUAUAGCGAACAAAAUGGAGUUUAUGGCAGUGUCAACUAUUGUACAUCCUCAUAUAGGUUCAAUUCUGUUUUGAAUAAGGAUAAGGAACAAUCAAUUCUUGAAUUGCUUGACGAGGCUGCAAGUAAAGACAUGCAAGAGUUUAUAAAACAACAUUCACUUGACAGAAAUAGCUUGGAGCAGCGAGUAGAUUAUGAUUACUUGCUGACUGUUAUUGAGGAACUGACACAAAAUCAAGAAAAGAGAGAAUUAGCUAGAUCUAUGGGUGUGGAGGACGACAAUGAUUGGAAGUCAUCAGUGUCAUCUUUUCAAUUUAACUUUCUCCAUCAUUUCGACACAGAUUCCAAGUACAGGCAUAAGGUCAAGAAGGCCUUUAAAGCUGCUCAAAAAGAAAAUAAGGUUCAAGAAUUAAUAUGGAAUUUGUAUUUGCGAGACCUUGAACAACAAAUUGAAGAGGAAAAGAACUUGCAAAUGGCUGAUCUCACUGAACCUCAUCACUUGUAUCCAUUAACUCGACUCAAGCCGAGAAAAAUAAUUUUUCACAUAGGUCCAACAAACAGCGGUAAAACAUACAAUGCCUUUCAAGCAUUGAGAAACGCCAAAACCGGUAUCUAUUGCGCUCCUUUGAGGCUGUUAGCAACGGAGGCUUUUGUAAAAUUAACAUCAGGAGAUAACCCAAUUGCUGCUUGUCAACUUAUAACUGGAGAUUUUAAAAUUGAGACAGAAAAUGCAACUCACACAUGUUCUACCACUGAAAUGGUCGAUACACAGAGAGAGGUAGAUGUGGCCGUUAUUGAUGAAAUUCAAUUAAUCACUGACUCUGAUAGAGGAUGGUCUUGGACACGUGCACUGCUAGGCGUACGAGCCAAAGAAGUACAUUUAUGUGGAGAGGGAAGAGUAUUAAAGCUUGUUAAAAAGCUUUGUGAAGAUACAGGAGAUGAAUUAGAGGUGAAAGAGUAUGAUAGGCUUACCCCACUGAAAGUGACAAAGAAACCUACUGUUAAAGAUUAUGGUGAUUUACAACGAGGAGAUUGUAUCGUUUGUUUUUCGCGAAAGGAGGUUUUUAAAAUUAAGAACGAAAUUGAAAAAUCCACUGAUCUUAGAGUUUGUGUCGUUUACGGCGGUUUACCUCCCCAAACUCGAAUUACACAAGCUGCUCUCUUCAAUCAUGAACAAUCUCCCUAUGAUGUGCUAGUGGCCACUGAUGCUAUUGGAAUGGGACUCAACCUUAAUAUAAGGCGAAUUAUAUUUAGUGAAACUGAGAAGUUUGACGGUAAAGAAGUAAGAACUUUAACACCACAUGAAAUUAAGCAAAUAGGAGGCAGAGCUGGAAGAUUUAACAGUGCCUUCGAAGAGGGAGAAGUGACAUCAUUUCGUGCUAGUGAUUGUCGUGUUAUACAGCAAGCAUUUGCAUAUGAUCCAUCUAAUGAAGUAGAAGAACUCAGAGCUGGUCUUUUCCCUACAGACGAGCAAAUUGACCAUUUCUCUCGAAUCUCCCUUGAAACAGGGGUUCGAGUGAGAUUGAGCACUAUUCUUUCGAAGAUUGACGAAAUGGCCAAGUUAAACGAAGGAAAGUAUUUCAUGUGUGAUAUGAAAGAAAAGAAAGAUAUUGCCAACAUUAUUCAUCCAAUCGAAAAUUUAACCACAGCAGAGAGGAUGAUUUUUGUCAAAUCACCCAUAGAUCCUGACGAGCAAUUAUGUAAAACCAUGACAUUCAAAUGGGCAAAAUUGUACUCUGAAGGAAAAUACGUUCCUCUUCUCAUUCCCAAUCCCAAUUCAUUGAGGCCUAUCAACACGCUGCACAAGUUAAAGGAGCUCGAAGUAAUGUACAAAUGCUUGAAUAUUUAUUGUUGGCUCAGUUACAGAUUAAUGCCCUUCAAUGAACGAGAAAAAGCACUUGAAUAUCAAGAAAUCAUUAGAAAACUAAUAGAGGAUUCUUUGAAAAAGACCGUGUCGCUCGAGAGAGCUGAGAAGCAAGUACAUCAAAGAUCAAAAGAGCAUCACCAACGAAGUUUUAAUGGCUACAAGAAGACAAGCGUCAAACGUAAAAGUAUUUCAAAGAAGCACAGAAUGCAAGUCAACAAAAUGCUCGCCCAGUAUGAUUUAUAA